AAUAGAUUUACGUGUCUAUGAGUUUGCGCGUCACAAUUGCAUCCAUCUUAUGUGGUCGGAAAUCGUAGCUUGUCCCUUUCCGAAUCCGACUCAUCACACUUGCAGUCUUCAGCUCCAAUCCCACUCCCAAUUCCAUUACACCAAAUUACAAUUCGGAAGCAAAUGGGAGUGAUGAGCGCCGCCGCUUCCUCCACCGCCCUCACAUCAACCAUCUUCGGCAACCAAACCCCGCGCAACCGCCGAUGGACGGAAAUCUCCCUCCACCCGCCGCCCAAGCUGAGGGUCCUCGCCGCCGCCUCCCCCACCGGCAAGGAGAAGAGGAGAAAAAACAAGCGGAAGCCGGUCCAAACAGUGGAGUCUCCUCCUCCUCCGCCGCCGCCGCCGCCGGCGGAAGACGACGCGACGGCGGCGAUAAAGAGCCGGCUGGAGGAGGUGAAUCCGGUGGGAUUGGGGCGGAAGUCGAGGCAGAUAUUCGAUGAGGUGUGGCGGAAAUUCUCUGGGCUCGGGCAGAUUUCGAGGACCACGAGGAAGGACGACGAGGAGGCAGCGCUGCUCAUAAGGGAGGGUGGGCCCAUGUGCGAGUUCGCGGUGCCGGGGGCACAGAACACCACCGUGCUCGUUGUCGGCGCGACUAGCCGCGUUGGUCGCCUUGUUAUCAGGAAGCUUAUGCUUAGGGGCUACACCGUUAAGGCUUUAGUGAGGAAGGCUGAUAAAGAAGUGGAGGACAUGCUUCCGACUUCCGUCGAGAUUGUGACCGGGGACGUUGGCGAGCCUUCCACGAUGCAAGCUGCUGUCGAAGGCUGCAACAAGAUCAUCUACUGUGCCACAGCCCGCUCCUCCAUCACCGGUGAUCUCAACAGAGUUGAUCACCUCGGUGUCUAUAAUCUCACCAAAGCAUUCCAGGACUACAACAAUCAGCUGGCACAGCUACGAGCCGGAAAAAGCAGCAAAAGCAAGCUAUUGAUAACGAAGUUCAAGUCCGAAGAUUCGUUGAAUGGAUGGGAGGUACGUCUGGGAACUUAUUUUCAAGACGUUGUUGCUGCGAAGUAUGAUGGAGGAAUGGAUGCUAAGUUCGAGUUCACUGAGAACGGAGAUGCAACUUUCUCAGGAUAUGUCUUCACGAGAGGAGGCUAUGUUGAUUUAACGACGAGGCUCUCACUUCCUCUGGGAUGUACCCUUGACAGGUAUGAAGGUCUCGUGUUCUCUGUUGGUGGGAAUGGAAGGUCGUACGUUGUGAUUCUUGAAGCCGGCCCUUUGGCCGACACUUCACAGAGUACAAUGUACUUCGCCAGGAUUAGCACAAAAGUCGGCUUUUGCAGGGUUAGGGUGCCGUUUUCGUCGUUUAGACCUGUGAAGCCGGAAGAUCCUCCACUGGAUCCGUUCCUUGUGCAUACAUUGACCAUUCGUUUUGAGCCUAGGCGACAGAGAACUGUUGAAGGACCUGUCGGAGGAAAACAAGACUUGAGAAGCUUCCAGUUGAUUUUGGAAUAUAUUAAAGCUCUGCCUACGGGCCAAGAAACGGAUUUCAUCUUAGUUUCGUGUACGGGAUCAGGAAUAGAACCGACAAGACGAGAGCAAGUUCUGAAGGCUAAGAAGGCCGGGGAAGAUUCACUCAGACGAUCAGGCCUUGGAUACACAAUUAUCCGCCCUGGUCCCCUCGUGGAAGAACCCGGUGGCCAACGAGCUCUGAUCUUCGAUCAAGGCAACCGAAUAUCUCAGGGAAUAAGCUGUGCAGACGUUGCUGAUAUAUGCGUAAAAGCAUUGCAUGACGCAACAGCAAGAAACAAGAGCUUCGACGUGUGCUAUGAGUAUGUCGCGGAGCCUGGGAAGGAACUCUACGAGCUGGUUGCGCACUUGCCCGAUAAAGCGAAUAACUAUCUAUCGCCGGCGCUUUCGGCUCUUGAGAAGAAUACUUGAUAUAUUCAUACAUACACACAUGCUCUUGAUGUGUCCAUUUUUUCUUUGUGCUAAUUUUUGUGUUGUUUGAGGGUAUAUAUAUAUUUGUAAUAUAGGUGUUGAAUGCCAUAAGAAUUCGACUAUGUUCCAUCAUUUCUCAAGCAAUGUGUACAAAAUCCACUUUGUUAUGACAAUUACUCUAUAUUAAAUACUACUCCCUUUGUUUCA